AUGUCCAAGCAAAAUUUCAGGGUUUGUUUCUGCUUCAGGAGAAGAUUCAAGCUGAGGGCGGUUGAGCCUCCAGAUGAUGUUAGGAGACUUUUCGAGAGUUACUCAGAUAAUGGCACCAUGAGUGCCAAUUACUUGCGAAGUUUCUUGAUGGAAUUCCAAGAGGAAGAUAAUGCAACGGACGAGAGAGUCCAAGAGAUAUUCAACAGUCUCAAGCACCUCAAUAUCUUCCAACGUAAAGGCCUCCAUCUCGAAGCUUUCUUUCGAUAUCUCAUUGGAGAUCAUAAUUUGGCAAUCUCACCAUCUCUUGGGGUGCAUCACGACAUGAAUGCUCCGUUGGCUCAUUAUUACAUGUAUACAGGCCAUAACUCUUACUUGACUGGGAAUCAAAUAAGCAGUGACUGCAGUAUUGAUCCUAUCAUUAAGGCACUAAAGAAAGGUGUAAGAGUAAUUGAAUUGGAUUUGUGGGCAAACUCAACGAGAGACGAUGUGGAUGUUAAACAUGGAGGGACGCUGACUACUCCGGUCCAACUUAUCAAGUGUCUGCGGGCUAUUAAGGAGUACGCAUUUUAUGCUUCUGAAUAUCCUGUUGUAGUAACUUUUGAGGACCACCUUAAUUCAGAUCUUCAAGCUAAAGUGGCUCGGAUGGUAACUAGAACAUUUGGAGACAUGUUGUUCUACCCUGAGUCAGACCUAAAGGAGUUCCCUUCACCAGAAUUUUUGAAGAAAAAAAUUUUGAUCUCCACCAAACCACCAAAAGAAUUCCUUGAGUUUCAGAGUAUGGAGGUAAAAGGGAAUCCACAGAAGGUGAAGGCUUCAACAGAGGAAGAACCUUGGGAGAAUGAGAACCUAGCUGUUGGCAAUGAACUCAAAACUGAUGACACGGGGAAUGAUGAAUCAAGCGGGGAGGACGAAGAUGUGCAAGAUGCAGCUCCGGAAUAUAGGCGUUUAAUUGCUAUUCAUGCUGGGAAGUUAAAAACUGAAAUUAGAGGCUCGCUAAGCACUGAACCUAAUAAAGUUGGACGUCUCAGUUUGAGCGAGCAAGAGUUGGAAAAUGCUGCCAGAACAUAUGGACCCCAUAUCGUCCGGAGAAUAGGAUUGAUUAUUCCAAAAGAAAUUAUUGAAAGGUUGUUAGAGGAUGUUCUAUAUGGACAUAAGCAAUCUCAAUUUCGGAAGGAUAACAAUAGAGAAGCUAUGGUUGAGAAUGAAAAGAUGCAUCAGCUAUGUAACAGUAGAAAGAAUUCUCUGGAUGCUACUAUCCUUAAAGGGAAGUUCCAUAGUGAUGAGCAAAAGAGAUUAUUUGGAGCAGAUAACACCAAAAAAGGAUUCUACAGUCAUGAGGUUGAAGAUAAAGCAAAUAGGGUUGAUGGGGAAAUGGGCAAUACUAAACACUUUGAAGCCCAAGGGGUUAGGCCUAGUCAAGGUGGGCUGAGAUCUUCUUUCAUUCUAAAUCCAACAAGUGCAUUUGAUGGUCUUAAAAGGUCGGGUCCAGUUAUUAUUAAAGAGGCGGGAAAAGUGGGCUUUGGGUCUGAAAAGGCCUAA